GUCGCGGACCAUCCGUGGGACCACAGAGUGGAGGACCACCCCUGGGACCACAAGGCCGAGGACCACCGUUGGGAUCACAAAACUGAGGACCAUCUCUGGGACCGCAAGACCGAGGACCACCGCUGGGACCGCAAGACCGAGGACCAUCCUUGGAGCCACAGAGCGGAGGACCACCCCUGGGACCACCAGGUCGAGGACCAUCCCUUGGACCACAGAGCGGAAGACCACCCCUGGGAUCACAGAGUGGAGGACCACCCCUGGGAUCACAGAGUGGAGGACCAUCCAUGGGACAACAGAGUGGAGGACCAUCCAUGGGACC